AUGCACGCCAGUACUGCUGUUUCAUCCUCACAGCCAGGCACGUUUGACGCGGCCAACUCGUCGGCGAGGUUCGACCAGCACCAGCUCCACGCGCACCGACAGAGCCAUCUAUCCACUGCCGAUUCUGUUGUGACGCUCAAGCGGCCAGGUUCGUUGUCGCGCGCGGACACCCAGCCGGAUACGGACUCUCGUAUUGCCAUUGGCCGCGGACCCAUGUCCAACAACGACCGUAACUUCCAUAAGCGCAGGAGAAGCAGUGCUAUCGAAUCUUCGAACACUGGCCCAGAUCUACUGCCCUCGGCCAGCGAAGCCAUUGGUCUGGCCAGCGUCAAUCGCUACUCUCACUCUACACACUCCACCAACUCCAGUGUGGCGUCACUCUCUGCUAAUACUCGACGCAAACGCUCUAGCAGCGGUGCUGUACUCACCUCCCUGCGUGGCCAGACAUAUACCUCGCCUCGUCAGAAACCCCCAAACGCUCUUGAUGCAUCGCCGCGCUCGAGCCCGCAACGACAAAAUGUGACCACGUCCUACUCUCCAGUUAGUAGUCCGGAGCGGAGGAGACCACAGGCACGAGCCGGCCACCUUACCGCUCUGCCACCAUUGCACACCACGCCAGCUUUGACGGAUUCCAAUGAUACAGAGUCACCUUCAACGAGCCAGACUUUGGAGACGCCUCUGGGGCCAUCUUACGUGCACGGAGACUAUUUCGAUGACGGGUACGGCAUGGCAAAGACAAAGCGAGUGGUCAUGGUGCGAAAUCCAUCUGCGCCUGUGACCAUCGCUCAGACCUCCAAGGCUGAGGCUAUCAAUUCUCACAACGUGCGGGAGAAGGGCGCAACGUCGCGACUAGAGAUGGAACAACGACCGAGGACAACGGCGCCAGAGGGCAAUGGCCAUCGACGGCCGCGUAACAGGGAAAGAACGGAGAGAGAUAAGAAAGCAAUGCUUUCGAAAGCGUUACAGAAGGCGAAUACAGCCGUGCUGUUAGACAAUGCCCAAAACUACGAGGGCGCGUUGGAAGCGUACAGUGAUGCUUGUGACCUCCUGACGCAGGUGAUGGAGCGCACUUCCGGCGAAGACGACAAGCGGAAGCUGGAUGCCAUCCGUGUGACAUACAGCAACCGCAUGGACGAGUUGAACAUGCUCGUGCAGGAGCGACCGCCCACGGCAGACGAGAGACCUCUGCCUGCACGGCCAAUGAGUGGUGAUAGUGGGUCGUUGCGUGCAGCACCAGUGAGUCCUCUGAAUGGGGCAGUGCAGGAGCAAGAUGGAGGCAUACACUCGAAUACACCACGUGGACACGCAGACGCGCCGCGUCUGUCCUACUCUGGCACCGACCGGGACAGUUUCUUCGCGCGCACCAUGGAGGCUGUGGAGACUAGCUUCACAUCUGAAGCGAAUGACAGCCAAGCCCCGGCUGUGGCAGGCGCGGAGCCGGAACUGGCAACCACGUCAAUACAUCUCCCGCCUCCGCUGCCGGAAGACUCGCGAUAUAUGCCAAGACCCUUAUCGCCAAAGAGGCCUUCACCAACAAGCGCCGAGUCGCCCAAGCUGAAGCCCCAAUCGCAGACUUCUUGGAAUGAAUCCCCAGAACAGCGGACGGAGGGGCCAAGAACAGCCUCACGGCAACGUGCGGGUAGUGAUGGGAGCAAAGACACAACAUCAUGGUUGGACCCACUUGACGAAUCCGGAUCUUCGUCGUCGGACAGCGUGCACUCCAGGUCAUCCCUGCAAGGCACCCGAAGGAAACACCUUCGAAGACUCAGCGGCGAGAGCGAUGCUGACUUCGAUGUUGCCUUCGAUGCUGCUGUGGAAGCUGCCUAUGAUGAAGGCUUUGAGCCCGACUUGGAUGCGCGCACAAAGCGCAAGCCUCCGCCAAAGCACGUGCCAAAGGAUUCGAUCCAGGUCCCGGCAUCUGAGAUUGAAGAAAUACUGCCGGGCGAGUUUCACUCUGGCAUGAUGACCACGGAAGAGGAUGAAGAAGAGGAGCGCAUUCUAGAUGAACUCGCCAGCGAUUAUGGCGGCGCUUUCGACUUCGAUCUCAAGUCGAAGUCUGCAAUACCGCGACAGUCUGAUUCAAGUGCUUAUACAAGAAGCACCUGGCAAAGCUCGCAAGUCUCCAAUCGUGAUACUGCAGCGACUUCGCUGUCCACAGUUGCCGAGGACGCGUUCUCGGGAAGGCUGUCCAAACCAGCAGCGCUGCGAGAAAGUACUGCAUUACCGCCCCCGUCAGGCCCGCCACCACCAGCUCCGCCGCCAAGGUCAUCACUUCCGCAGCCUCCAAAUGCGGGCAGUCGACGUGAAUCGAAUGUUCGAAGUCGCGGACUUUCUGGCAUGAAUGCUAAGCAGCUUAAGAUUGAGACUGCUAGAGAGCAUGCCCUUCGCAAACGAGCUUCGACUUUUCACCAUACCACCAGUCCAUUUCUGGAAGGCGAUGAAACUAAUGCUCAUGAGUUAGACCUCACCAAACUCGGGGAGCCACUUGAGCGUACGGUGUCUGAGACGCAGCAUGGGCAUAUUCUGCUGUCACCGUCAUCGCUCGAGCUUCACGCCGCGCCUGACAAAAACUUAGAUGACUAUGACGCGUCAACGACAACUAACCACAGACCGAGCUAUGAAGAGGCGCCUGGUGAUCUGCCGCCUGGCACGAGACCUACAUUGUUCAGAAAGAACAAAUCUUCUGUGAGCUUGAGAGAGCAUGCAGAGCAUCAAAUCCUCCUCGCGUCGCCGGAUGUCGACUCAGGCAUGUCCAAUGCUACGCCUAUGAGCUCAACGUUCAUGAGUUUUGCCGCCAGACGUCACCACCCGCUUGCAUCGCAAAGAGCCCAGCUGUCCUCUUAUGGUCCCGCGGCGGUUGAGAAUCACAAACUCGGAGGUGGUUAUCAUCUGUUCGAUACCGCAUUGACGGCGGCAGAGACACCUCUGUCACCAACAUCGCCGAGCUCACCACUUCCAGCCGGCCUAGAAUCGUGUCCGGAGUCUUUCUUGUUGAGACCGUUUUGGCUCAUGCGCGCACUCUCCUCGACCAUUGUCCACCCUCGCGGCGGCUUCUUGACCGCGAACCUGUUCGUGUCUCGCCAGGUCUGGGAGACAUCAGGCGUGAAGUUGAAGCUAGUGGAUGACAAGAUUGCAAACUGUGAUCUGCUGACGGCAGCGCUUGGUCACCUUGCAGGCGUCGACACGUUUGAUGCAGAUGCGGUCAUGGAAGAGCUGCAAAGCUUUGAAGAAGUCAUGGAACGGGUACAACAGAGCCUCAUCAAAAAGCUUGGUAGCGAUGUGGGCGUGCAUGGAAUUGCUGGGAUGUUCAAAGAUGCUUCAGCCGUGGCAAGCUCCACAGGCACAUCAUCGUCCGAUGCGACUGGCGUGGCCGACAAGGCUGCGAAAAGCAAUUCUGGUAAGAGUUAUCUCACCUCGUGGCGAAAGCUACGAAAUAAGAGCUCCGGCACACCUCUUUCGGGUGGCGCACAAGUGCCGAGCACGAAACCAAAUGGCGAGAAAGAGAUGUACACUAUGCAAUCAGUGCCAAUGACGAGCUUCGUGCCCGUCGAACGUCGGGGCAACAAGAGAGAGGCGCGGAAUCUUGUCUUUGAAGGUCCGAACAAGGAAUACAUGGGUUCCCUAGCCCGACUGUUCGACGGCGUGCAAAUACUAGAUCAAAUCGCGCGUCAAGUCGAAGACCCAGGACUGAAGUACUCCUCGCCUACGCACGUCGGCCUCGAAUUGAGCAUUCGCCACGCAGCCGAGUUCUUUGGUUUCUUUGUUUGCCGCUUCGUACUCGCAGAUCUGGGACUUCUCAUGGACAAGUUUUUGAAGCGCGGUACGGAGUGGGUACUCGCGUGAGCGAGCGAUACGAGACGAGGGAGAGAGAAAGAGAAAGAAAGAAAGGAAGAGAGAGAGACAGCCCUACCGACCACCCCUUACUUGAUUGACAGACACCACAUUCAACACAGAGAGGACUUUCCAGCUUCGAGCUGCUUUUUAUCCCCAAAAAGAAGCGGAGGAUUGAACUGAACGAACCAUCACAAGAAACAGGAAAGAGAGAAGAGGAAAGAGAUGAUCUACUACCUACCUACUACUUCAGAUUUUCCCCACCCGGCCACGUUGCGUCCUUCACUUGUACAUUUUUUUUUCUCUGCCCAAUGGUAGAAGAAGGCGGCGGCGGCGGCGGCGGCGGACGAGCUUCAUGACCCAAAGACAAUUUUUUUUUCAUCUC